GACAGCUCACAACGUCACCGGGGCAUGUCAUAAUAAAGUGGAUGUGUGCGUUCACGUUACCUUGUUGUGUCCAGAGUCAACAGAAGCCUGUGUGUGUGUGUGUUGCAGGACAUUGUGUCUUCAUCGACCGUGAGAGAUGCCUCCAAAGACGAGGGCCAGCGUGAGUAGAAGAACUGCGAGUUCAGGCAAAGAGGACGAUGGGGAAGCGGCUGGCGGGAAGAGGAAAGCUGCAGCUCCUGUUGAGUCUGGAAAAAAUAAGGAGAGCUCCGAAUCUCCACAGUACUGUCGCUGGCUCAUGAAGUCUGAGCCAGAGAGCCGCUUUGAGAACGGCAUCGACGUCAAGUUUGGGAUCGAGGAUCUGAAGGCUCUGCCUGAGCAGACUGGUUGCUGGGAUGGCGUCCGCAAUUAUCAGGCUCGCAAUUUUAUGAGGCAGAUGAAAGACGGGCAAUUGGCUUUCUUUUACCACAGCAACUGCAAGGAACCGGGGAUAGCGGGAGUCAUGACAAUUGUGAAGGAAGCUUAUGUGGACCACACUCAGUUUGACAAGAAAGAUGUCCAUUUCGAUGCAAACAGCAAGCCAGACAACCCCAAAUGGAGCAUGGUAGAUGUCAAGUAUCAAAGGACGACAAAGCGUUUUCUUCCUCUGUCUGAGCUGAAGAAGUACCACCUGCAGCAUCGCGCCAAAGGAGGGCCGCUGAAGGAAAUGGCUCUUUUCACGAGGGCCCGGCUCUCUGUGCAACCCCUGACCCCUGAGGAGUUUGACUUUGUCCUGAGUUUGGAAGAUAAAGAGCCUUUGUGAGGAUUUGGACCAGACGAUUGUUUUCUUUCUCGACACUGAAAUCAUGAAGCAGCGACCUCGUUCACAGAUAUUAAAUGUGCUUUUGUCAAAUAACGUCCACUUUUUUACCUACAUCUCCGAACGAUACAGAGCAAGCUUGUUCAACACCUGAUGUUUAUUUGACAAAUUCCUGCUUUAUGUAAAAGAAUAAUCAAUAAAAUUGCAUUGAGUCUGUUUUUAAA